AUGGUGUGCAUUAUUUGUGGCUUUGGACAAGCACCAGAUCAAGGCAUGUAUCUUCUUAGAGCAUCCAUAAUUGAUGUAGGCAACAACAACUUCAAUUUCCAUAGAGCCAAGGCCAAUUACUUCGCCUACGGUAUCGACUUUACUGACAGUAAGGCCACCAGCCGGUUUAGCAAUGGCAAGAAUGCGGCUGACUUUCUCGCUGAGAAACUUGGAUUACCAUCACCAAAACCAUAUCUUAGUUUCAUCAACAAGGCAGACAUAGAUGAUGAACUUCUCAAAGGUGUCAACUAUGCAUCUGGUGGUGCUGGAAUCCUUAAUUCUACAUAUAAAGGUUAUUGCAUUCCAUUUGAUAAGCAAGUAAAUUACUUCAGUGAAGUGGUGAGAGUAAUUUCAAGGCAGAUUGGCCCUGAAAAAACAGAGAAACACAUUGGUGCCAAAAUUUCUUUGAGAAUCAGAAGAAGAAGGCUUCAAUUUGAUCCUGAAAAGUAUGUGUCAGAAUUAAUCAACACACUUCGACAACAGUUUAAGGAUAUAUGCAACCUUGGUGCACAUAAGUUUAUAAUCAGAUCAACAGGAGCUCAAGGACGCAUGCCAAUUUUAAGAAGUAAAACAGAAACAGGAGCUUGUGAUGAAGAUGCAAAUGCACUGGCAAUGUUAUGCAACAAAAAAUUAGCUUCCUUAAUGGAAGAAUUAAAUUCAGAAUAUCAUAACUUCUGCUAUUCUUUUUUUAACAUGUACAAUGCAUAUGGAGGGAGGAAUUAG